AGGCACAGGAGAGGAGGUGAGGAGGGGAGAGUGGGCCAGGGAGGCAGCUGGGUGGAAGAAGACAAGCCAAAAGGAGCAGCUCCAAGGGGCCGGGGUGACCGAGGUGACACCAUGUGGCAGCCGCUGAUGUCUCUAGCCCUGUGGCUGGGCGCGGUGGGCUUGGGCAGAGCCGAGCUCACAGCGGCACAGCAGCGGGGCCUGCAGGUGGCCCUGGAAGAAUUUCACAAGCAUCCGCCCGUUCAGUGGGCCUUCAAGAAGACCAGUAUGGACAAUGCCACGGAAACGCCCUUCCCUGCAGGGACCUUUGUGAGGCUGGAAUUUAAGCUCCAGCAGACGAGCUGCCGGAAGAAGGACUGGAAAAAAGCGGAGUGCAAAAUCAAGCCCAACGGGAGGAAGCGGAAAUGCCUGGCCUGCAUCAAGCUGAACUCUGCAGAUAAGGUCCUCGGCCGGAUGGUCCACUGCCCCAUACACACGCAGGUUCACCGGGAGCCUGAGGAGCACGAGGAGACUCAGUGUGACAGGGUGGCGCAUGCAGGAGAGGACCCCCACAGCUACUACUUCCCAGGACAGUUCGCCUUCUUCAAGGCCCUGCCCCCCAGCUGAGGCCUGACGAAUUUUGUCCCGCUUCCCGGACAGCUGCAGGAGGUAACCAGUGAAAGACCGACCUGCCGUCCCUGAGCCCAGGGAGGACAAUCCCAUUAUCCCCGAGCUAAUAAACCGCUCUCCCAGA